AUUUCCUUUUUUCUUCUCUUUCUUGUUCAAUUAUCGGAAAAAAAUAAAUAAUUUAUUUCUUUUUUAUAUAUUGCUAGAACACAUUUAUAUAAUAAAAGACUCCUAAAAAAUUAACAUUGUAAUAUAAUAACCACAUAAAAGAUGACAUCAACAGCAGUUAGAGUUGCAUUACGUGUUCGUCCUUUAACACAACGAGAACAACUAUCAAAUUGUACAGAGUGUAUAUCAUUCAUACCCAACCAACCUCAGAUUUUAAUAGGAAAAGACCAUUCCUUUACCUAUGAUUAUAUUUUCGAUACAAAUUCAGCACAGCAGCCUAUUUAUGAUACAAGUGUCGUACCUUUAGUAGAAAAAUUUGUUGAUGGUUUCAACGCAACUAUCCUAGCUUAUGGCCAAACUGGCUCUGGAAAAACGUUUAGCAUGGGCACCGCCCUUGAUGAGCAUACAAAUUCAGAAAAUCAAGGUAUUGUGCCACGAUUCAUUCACGAUCUAUUUAAAAGACUUGCAGCCAAAAAGAGAGCAGGAGCAGCCCACGACUACCAAGUAUUAGUCUCAUUUUUGGAAUUAUACAACGAAGAUUUGGUCGAUCUUUUGAAUCACCAGCAAAAGAAAAAAACUGGCCACGCAUGCGAAGUUCAGAUCCGUGAAGAUAUUCAUGGCCAAAUAUAUUGGAGUGGAGUACGUGAAGAACCAUGUUCGAAUCCUGACGAAUUGCUACGAUUCCUUUCGAAAGGGUCAUUAUGUCGUACAACCGGAUCCACAGACAUGAAUUCCGUCUCAUCCAGAUCACACGCCAUUUUUUCCGUCAUUAUCAAACAACAGGUUCCAGAGGAAGAGUCCACUACUCCACCAACAACAAACAAUAAUAUUCGCACUAUUAUUAGUAAAUUCCAUUUCGUCGAUUUGGCUGGUUCAGAGAGACUUAAGCGUACUAAUGCGCAAGGUGAUCGGGCUCGAGAGGGUAUCUCCAUUAAUUCAGGACUUCUUGCAUUAGGCAACGUUAUCAGUGCCUUGGGCGAUGACUCUCGUAAAUCACUUCAUGUACCAUAUCGAGACUCCAAAUUAACAAGACUCUUGCAAGACUCGCUUGGUGGAAAUUCCCAAACAUUGAUGAUGGCAUGUGUCUCACCUUCUGAUUCUAAUUUCUUGGAGACACUCAGCACAUUAAAAUAUGCCAACCGAGCUCGUAACAUCAAAAAUAAAGUGGCAGUUAACCAAGAAUUCGCUGGUUCUUCUGUUGAAGUCAAUCAAUUAAGAUCUCAAGUAGCAAGAUUAAAAUUAGAACUGAAUGCCUUGCGUGCUUCCUCAUCCGUGGCCUCUAAAGUACCAUCUGAUAUGAUGAUUCAAAGCAUGAUUGGUAACGGAAGCCAUACAACAAACGCUGCGAAAGUCCUGAAGGAUGAAAUAGACAGACUGAAGGCACGUGUCCAUAGCAUGUCCGACGAUAUCUGUCGCAUCACUACCGAGAGAGACUCCCUCAUGGUCGAGCGAGAACUGACUCAACAUAUGGGCUCGGAAGAAUGGCCCCAUUUACUUGAGCAAUUAAACCGAAGACCCUCAUUUUUUGAAAAUAACCCCACAACUAUACCCAUGAUUGGCCAAUACCAAAAGACAAUUCAAGAUUUGCGCAACGAAUUGGUAGAUACCCAAGAACGUCUUGCAUUUUCUGAGUCGAUCCGAGCACCACUUAUGCAUGCUGCUAUGGCAGGAGUUACGACGCCCCAAACAUCUUUAAAAACAACUGCAAAACAACAACAUUCUUCUACAACCACACGUCGUCGUGCCAUUAACAAUGUAAAAAAGAGACGCAAUGGAAGUACAACUACAUCUAGAAAUGUUACAUUCAGAUCAACUAAACGAUCCAAAGUUCCCAAUAUGACCAAGCCUUCCGAAUCAACCAUGUUCACUAGUAAAGUAGACUAUGAUGAUGAUGAAGAUAUCGCUACAUGGUUAAAAGAUACUAUUGGUACCCCACAGAUCUCCGAGUCUUCGGAUUUAAGAAUCGAUGCAAAACACUCUAUUUCAAAUGCUAAAUCUCAAAUUGACAAGGCUCUGAAAGUAUUAGAUGAGUUCAAGGCGAAAGAAUCCGAGCAGGUUGAAUAUGAAUGUGAUCUUUUAGCUGAUGACGAAUUAUUUAUUAAAUUACAAUCGGAAGAUAAUGCAAGCCUUUUUGGGGACAUAGAAGAAGACCAACGAAUUGCUGAAGAUUCACUAAAAUCAGAAUCGCCUGUUGAAAUUAUCAGAACACCUCGUUCAAGAAUGGUCUCUACGGAUACCUUUAUGGAUGAUGCCGAACUCGCUGAAUUUUAUGAAAAUAAUCCUCAUCUUCAUCGUAUGAUUGGACAAAUUCAAUCCGAUAUUCAAGUUAAUGAAGACCUCGUUAUCCAAUUAGAAAAGACAGAAGUAGAAUAUAAUCAGAUGCGCAAAAAAUUCGAAAAGAAACUCUAUUCAUUACGUGACGAAAUAUUGACUCUACGCCGCGAACAGGAACAGCAGCAGCAACAGCAACAGCAUCAAGUCCAACAGGCCCAACAGGCCCAACAAAAUUCUAAACUAAAUGUUAAAAGAAGAGAUUCCACUGCUAGUAUAAAUAACAUGAACCACAUUCGUCAAGCUUAUGAAAUCAAGAUGAAGACUCUCAUGGGUCAGUUAUCUGACCUGCGUCGCAAAUACUCUCAAACCUCAAGUACCAUUCAAUCUUCACGAAACCAAAACGAGAGUAUGUUAAGAGCUCUCCGUGUGAAUGUUGAGUCUCUCAAGGUUGAGAAACGUCGCAUGAUAAAGCGUAUGAAAGAUGAAGCUGAACGCGUGAAAGAAAAACUCCAUACCCAUGAACGAGAAAUACAAAGUUUGCGCCGUAAACAACUCAAGGAUAAUGAAAACAAGAAACGCCUCGAGCGUGAAGUGAAGCAAAUGCAAUUAACCUUACAAAAGAAAACCGACGAAUCUGUUGUUACUGCAGAAAAACUGAAGUCGUUGGUUCAGAUCUUGAAAAAAGCAGUACGAGAAGGUGGUGUGCUUGAUGAGAAACUUUUGGUUAGCUGUGGUUCGCUUUUGGAUAUGGGCUCUGCCUUAAUUCAAUCUUCUAACGUGGGGCGCAUAUCUCGCAAUAGACGUAAACACAAUCAGCGCAAAAACCGUGUUCCCGUUGAAGUCCGUGCUGCCAAAAAGAAGAUGCUUUUAGAUAACGCUUUGUAUCAAUUUAUCCAAGGAAAACAGGCGGUUGAAGAGAUGAAACAGCUUUUAGCAAAACGAAAUGACUUGUCUCAAAGAAAAGUAGAAUACAUGUCUGAGCGGGAGCUUCUCAUUUUAGACGAAGAUAGCAAAGAUCUUUCCACCAUUGACCAUGCUUUUAGACAAGUGAUUGAUGAGAAUAUUGAAACAGUUGAAGCAGAAAUAUCUUAUCUUAAUGCACGUAUUCAUGCCAUUCAUAAUGAUGCCGCUGCUGAAAUAAUGCAAGAUGAUGCCCAAGAUGAUGAAAUCGUUGUGGUAGACGCAACCAGGCCCGAAAAGAGGGUUACAUUUGCUGAUCCCAAUCAAGAUGAAAAGGAAGAGCCUGAAGAUGAAUGGCUCGAUAUGGAUGCUCUUGAAGAAAGAUAUAGCCUCCCAGCAAGCGCUGGUCCUGAGCAGUCCCUUGAAAUGGUUUCCAAAUUGCUCAAGUCAAUGGCAGAUGAUGAGUCAAGUCACGUCAUGGAGUCCGUCAUUGAUGACAUUGUUUUGCUUCGUAUGGAAGAACAUAACAACAAAAUGUCUAUCCAACAGCUUGAGAAGUCUACACAAGAUUUAAGACGUACUUUAAUUGUCAUGAAAAAGGCCGCUAUCGAUACAACUGUAGAGAACGAAAAGAAGCUGAAACGCUUGCAACAACAACAACAACAGCAACAGCAACAACAACAAGGUUCUCGACGAACCUCCCUGUCCAGAGACCGCUCCUAUUCCAAAUUAAGCAACCAUUCUUCUCCUACAAUGGAAGAUUGCAGUGAUGCUGAUUCCGCCAUCGACUUGUAUCAAGAAGAGCAGUACCAGCAUGUCGGAACCGUAUUUGAAAAAAUUUACAAUGACGGCAUCAACGGUAAGCUCGAUUACGGUUUAAAUGCAACAGAGGCGCCAGCUACAUUAGCCGAAAAUGAGCUUAGUCCUUAUCUUCGACCUCAUACUACUUCUAACGCUGUUUCAUCCAACAAGCUUGGUGUCUCCGCACCUAUGAAACCAUCGACUUCUCCCUUGGCCAAUCGUAGAGAUUCCAUGUCUUCUCCUGAACAAUUUUUGCAACAAUUACUUCAAACGCCAAAGGAUGUACGACAAACUCCUUCCUCACCUUUGAUGAAACCUGCCGAGUUUGCCAAAUAUCAACAAGAUCGCGAAUCAUCUACUUCAUCUGUUCGCAGUGUCAUUCGUAGAAGAUCAUCUGUUCAAUCUGACACAGGGUCUUGGUCUUCCCUGUAUUCCAGCAACCACGGUUUUAGUCAACAAAUGAUUCGAGCUUCAUCCAAUAGCAAGCUACCUCCACUUCAACCGGAGCCAGCGAGUACUCCAUUGCCACCACCACCUACAGUUUUAAACCGUCGUAGAGCGUUCUCUUUCCAACAGCCGCCCAGUGCUCCUACUCCUCCUUCUACACUGCGUAGACGCUCUCUUCUUCGAGAACUAACUAAUUUACCACCCACACAACCAAGUGAAUUGUCAACGCCACCUAAAUCACCUUUAAAUCAACAAUGUUUUGAUAACAAGAAUGAUUACUCCACGAAUGGAACAACAUUGAUACCCGCAUUUAAUAACAGUUCCAUCCUGUUACAAAAGCAAAGAUCUCAAUCUGUUCUAGCUAUGCAUGCACCACCUGUAAAUACCAUCCCAAGACCCUCUACAGCUAUGAAAAGAAUGGAUUCUUCACCCAACAACUCUUACGAGCUUAGACGCUCCGCUGCUGCAAAUAACGUCUUUGAUAGGCUAUCUUCGGGUCAUACUCAUGCUUCUUCUGCGAAAUCUGCUAGAAAGCGACCUGGUAACUACCGAUACUCAUCCAGUAGUAUCGAUGACUUAAGAAACCAAUGGGCCAAUGAGUUACAAAAAAAUCAGCAUCAUGAUGACAUGUAAAAAUUAUUAUCUUUCUUGUGCAAAUAAAAAUUCCUAAAUAUGGAGCAUUGUUUUUUUGUUCACUU